AUGAUGUCAGCCAGGGACUACCUCUUCAAGCUGCUCUUGAUCGGCGACUCAGGUGUCGGCAAGUCUUGCCUCCUGCUCCGCUUCGCUGAUGACACCUACACGGAGAGCUACAUCAGCACCAUUGGAGUGGACUUCAAGAUCCGCACGCUGGAGCAGGAAGGCAAGACCAUCAAGCUGCAGAUUUGGGACACAGCCGGCCAGGAGCGAUUCCGAACGAUCACGAGCAGCUACUACAGAGGCGCUCAUGGCAUCAUCGUCGUGUACGACGUGACAGACAAGGAAUCUUUCAACAACGUCAAGCAUUGGGUCCAGGAGAUCGACAAGUAUGCGGCCGACGGUGUGAACAAGCUCUUGGUGGGUAAUAAGUGCGACCUGUCUUCUAAGAAGGUGGUCUCCUAUGAUGAGGCCAAGGACACAGAUCGUGCCAUUGAUUCACGAAUUUUCUGA